CAACUAUUUAAAAUAAAAUGAAAAACUCAACCAAAAAGUAUAUAAACUGAGUAUUUUUCAAAGACAAUUUAGUAAGGUAUUGUUAGUGAUAAAGAUGAUUCGUUCAAUUGUAUAUUUUGGGCUACUUUUGGCAUUGGUCCUGAUGAUGGUGAAUAAAGCAGAAGGAAGUGGAAGACCUCGACGAAUUAGGACUGGACGCAAUCGUAACGUCGAUGAUGAUAAUGAAAGUAGCCAAUAUAGCGGUGCGUACACAACUGGCACUUUUGCGCGAACGGCUCGAAAUCGUGGCUAUGAUGUUUCAAAUCUCGUUGGCGAUCUCGGAAAUAUUCACCUUGAUACUCCAUCUGGACCAACAAGUGGAUAUGGUCAAGGAUAUGGAUAUGGUCAAGAAGCUUCUCAUGGCUAUGUUGCUUCUCAUGCAGAUGGAGUUAGUCAAGGAUAUGGAUAUGAUCAAGAAGCUUUUCAUGAUUCUGGUUCUUCUCAUGCAGGUGGAUAUAGUCAAGAAGCUUCUCAUACAGGUGGACAUGAAUAUAGUCAAGAAGCUGCUCAUACAGGUGAUGACGGACCAGCUAUAUCCAGAAGCUCAACAUCACUUUCGAGAUCAUUUGCCAGAUCAGUUUCGAAGUCGCUUUCCCAAUCUUUUAGAAGAGGAAAAUCAAAGGCUGAAUUCAACGUCGAUGACCUCCAAUACGAUGGAGAGCCCAUUACCUUCGCUUGUAUAGCCAAAGCUGAUCGUCGUGAAUUUUAUGUGGCUCAUGUUAAUGACACUAUCCCAGAUUAUUUGGUAAAAAGGCUAAGCAAUAACAGAGGUCUGUCAUUGUUUUUCCUUGGGGCUGCGAAUGAAAUUAAUUCAGCAUCUGGACUUUUGUUUAAGUUUGCCAGAGAAUGGUUUGUUACAUCUGGAAACAAUAUUUGUUUCGUAUCGUAUUGCUAUUUAGAUAAACCAAGAACUGGAUGUCAAGCGAUUGGUUAUUUGGAUAAAUUGGUGGCAACAAAUCGGCUUGAAUAUGUGGCGAAAAUGGCGCGUGAUUUGGUGUUGAAUGUACGAUAUCAAUCUUACUUUACAGCCGGAAAUUAUAUUCUCCAUAUGUCACGGGUGGAUGUGACUGGUUUCAGUUUUGGUGCGCAUAUCGCUGGCAGAACUGCCGAAUAUUUGCUUAAAAAAACAAGCGGAAAAGUUAGAAUGUUACUAGCAUUGGAUCCAUCCAGAACCCCUCCGGUUCUGGCUAAAACUCCCAAAGACACAAUUAAACCAGAUUUAGCCGAAUAUGUUCAAGUGAUUCAUACCUCGAGUGUUCAGGGAAUGACUAAAACUAGACUUGGACACGUUGAUAUCUACGCUAGAUUAAAUGGUGGCCGAAUCCUGAGUAAUAAUCAUGGAUUAGCAUUUUUCUUGCAUGUUGCAACAGCUACCAAACGAUUUUAUAUAGUGGCCGAUGAAGGUUCGAAAGGAAAAGGCAAAUUGGUACAAAUUCAAGGUGAUAUUCUGCCUCAGCCAAAGUCAAAUGAAUGUCAAUUGGGUAUAUAUGCAGUUCUCAAUGAAAAUCAUAUCGGACAAAAGUUUGGCUUUUCUUUAACAAAAAGAGAAGAGCUUUUCUUUAGCGCACUUGGACAAUAUGCUGAUCCAAGCGUUUUCUCUGAUUAGGUUUAUUAAAUAAUUUUUUGAAUUUUAAUAAAUCGAUGUAUAUAAAAUCAA